UUACUCUCACUUUUUCUCUCAAAGACAUUUUAGCUCUAACUUCCUACAGUACAGCCUAGUUAGAGUUUUCCUGUUCGAAGUCUGCUUUGGAAACGCUGCAGUGUCGCUGCUGAGGAAAAGAGUCCAGGAUUACAAGAAAAAGAGGAUCAGGUUUUUAAGGAGUGUUUUACAAGUCUGGGACAUCUGGGGUUUGAGAGAAACUGUUCUGCUAACCUUUCAGCUGCAAGGAGCUCACUUUAGGAUCUGCGCCGUCCUGGUGGGUCACUCAGCCGGACUGAUGUGGAAUGCGACCCUUUAUGACCCCAUCCCACGGGCCUCUAUUCAAUGAGCCGGACUCGGGAGAGAACAGAUAAUAGAGGCAAGAGAAUAGAAUAGCACACAAAAAAUAGUGAAGUAGCACCAGCAGGAGUAUUCAGACUGGUAAGAAAGUUAAAGGGGUCCUUGAAGGUGGAGAAAAAGAACUUAAAAUACAAAGGAAAAGGAAUAAAGAGACCUGUGACUACAAAAGUCUUUCUUGGGACUGCAAGACAUUCUUGAACGCAACAGAAACAUUGACCCUUAGCCUUCAUUUCACCUGUAAAAAUUAAUCCCACUGCUAACAAUCAUGCCAGUGGAGACCCUUCAUCCCACAGAUGGCCGUCUUACUGGGGGUCCCUUCACCUCUGCCAUGCCUUUCCGAAUCCUCAACAAAGGCCCGGACUACUUCCGCAGAGCGCCCGAGCCAGGAACGCGGAAGCUGAGUGCAGUUGAGCGCCUGGAAGCGGACAAGGCCAAGUACGUAAAGAGUCAGCAAGUAGCACUCAAUAAACAAGAACCUGUGAAACCCCCAAUCAUCCGCAAACCGCUGUUAUCACCAAGCAUGAUGAUGCAGUGCAGAAUAAACACUCCACCAGCAAGGAAGAUUACCCGGCGCCUACUUGAGACAGAGAACGGAGGACCGGACCAUGGCAUUAGCAGAGGACCACAACUUAACCUUGAAGUACUCAAUAAUCUAAUCAACGUCUGCGACGGACCGCUUACAUCCUCGCCUACCCCAUCUUCUCCUUCUCCCUCAGCCUCCUCACCCUCUUCCGGAGGUCAGAGUGUUGGUAGUGGACAAUCUGCAGAACCUCAGCACUGCAUUAACUUCAAAGCACACCUUGGCUCAACGCCCAACUCCUCUCGCACCUCCUCUCCUCUUAACAAUCAGUCCUCACCUGCUGAGCCCAGCCGAAAGCCGCCUCCGGUCCCAGCCAGAGCUCCCCGGCUGGUACCACAAGGUAGUUACGGGACCCCCAACUCCGUAACUGUACGACGGGUGGAUGUGCGACCACAGGCAGAGAUCAGGAAACCUCAGAGAUUGCCUCUUCAACCCAAACCUAGACAAGUUCAAGUAGCUCAACCACAGAUAGCUCAGCCACAGGCACCUCCAACACAGCAGCAACCUUCGGGAACUCACCCUGCAUCCCCCUGCACCCCCUUCAGCCCGCUGAUUCUACGCCCUGGCGUUCUACCCCCGGCUUCCCCCGCUUUCACCCGCAUUUCCACAGCCAGCUCUCGAGGGUCACGUCCCGGUUCAACCCGGAAGCAUCCCUCCCUCCACCGCUCCAAGUCGGACUUGAGCGACCGCUACUCUCGGGCCACUGCUGACCUGGAGCGCUUCUUCAACUACUGUGGACUGGACCCAGAUGAGGUGGAAGGAAUGGGUGGUGUGGAGCGGUUUGCCCGGGCAAAUUCAGACAUUGUUUCGGUCUCCAAACUCCGGAGCGUCAGUACACCUAGCUCAGAGUGUGGGGAUGGACGACGAGGAGAGGAGGAGGAUGACUGCGAUGACGAUGGGCCUAUAAAGCCCAGUGAGCGUGUUCCUUGCGGCAUUUCGGUCAUUGAGAGGAACGCGCGUGUCAUAAAGUGGCUCUACGGUAUUCGACAAGCACGGGAUGCCUCCCAAAAUAUCUCCAAUGUCUAGAAGCUUCUCUCUGGUUGUCUACUCAGACAGAGACGAUGUAAAUAAGAUAGAGACUUGCUGUAGUAUUCAGUUGAUGUCUAUCACACACCUAAUAUUUAUUAUGUUCUUGUUUGAAGAUGUUUAAAGGCUCUGACA